GCCAGGCGGCGGGAAAGGGGGAUGAUUCAUCCCCGGGAGCCCGAAUCGGAAACACCGCAAUCUGGGAACAGCCUUGCCUGGGCCGACGAGAGAUCCGGGAGGACAGUCCGUCCGGCGAGCUCCAGUGCUGGCUGAGGAAGUCUGCAAGGAGGGGGCGAGCAAGGAGAAGCCGGAGUCAGAGACACCCCCGGCGGUCCUCGCUGCGGUACGUAAAGCGCAGUAGGGGGGAGGUGGGGCGAGCGCGCGAGACCUGCAGCCCCGGGGCGGUCCGAGCGCCCCCUCCUCUGGUUACAUCGGGGCGGCCACGUGCGGGGGUGGGGUCGAGCCCGGGAGGUACUUACCCGGGCCGCGGUUUCGGGGAGAAGGGGGUUGCCCGCGCGGGCAGCUGGAACGCGCGCAGGCUGCAGGAGCCCCGCAGCCCCGGCUGCACCCGAGCCCCGCAGCCCCCUCCCUGCGCUCUGCCCGCGGGCCCGGCCAACGCUGGCUCCCAGCUCCGCUGCGGAAAACCCGAGCGGGGGCGGCUCCCUGCCUUGCGGCCGCGGGAAAAUCCGGGGGUGGCCGCCAGGGAUCUCCAAGCGGCCGACCGAGGCGGCCCCGCGCGUCGCUCCUCCGGAGGCCGGCCCGUCGGGUCAGUGUCUGCCUCACUGCUUGUCCCUGCAGAACGCCCGGACGAGCGCGGGAUGACAGCCGGGAGCCCAGGAGACGGUGGCGCGCGCAGGAGCCCCGAGGGCCGCGUCUCGCGUCUGGGCCGGCGCCUGGGUCGGCGCCGGCGACCGCGCUCUCCGCCAGAGCCGCUGCGGGUGCGGGCACGGCUGCGGCUGCGCUCGCCGUCGGGGGCGUUCGCGGCGCUGGGCGCGCUCGUGGUGCUGGUGGGCAUGGGCAUCGCCGUGGCCGGCUACUGGCCCGGCCGCGCCUCCCACGCCCACGCCCCGAGGACCGGCCGCGCGCACGGGCCUCACGAGCGCCUGCGGCUGCUGGGGCCGGUGAUCAUGGGCGUCGGCCUGUUCGUGUUCAUCUGUGCCAACACGCUGCUCUACGAGAACCGGGACCUGGAAACACGGCGGCUCCGCCGGGGCGUGCUGAGAGCGCAGGCGCUGCGGCCACCCGACGGCCCCAGCUGGGAUGCACUGCUGCCCAGUCCAGCGCAUGGGUCCCCGGGCACUGUCGCGGAGCAUGAGACUUGGGACCUGGCCCCGAGACGGGGUCCCUCGCCCGUCCCGUCGGUGCGCAGCCUGCGGUCCGAGCCUGCCAAUCCUCGCUCGGGGUUGCCUGCGCUGCUCCACAGCUACCCAUUGAAGGGUCCAGGACUACCACCACCCUGGGGUCCCCGGACUCAGACUGGCCACGUGAUCAUCACGGUGCAGCCCUCUGCUUCCUGCAUUGAGCACUCCAAGUCUCUGGACCUGGGCCUGGGGGAGCUUCUCCUAGGGGCCCCAGCAGCUCGGGACUGUGCCCAUCGAAGCUGGCCACGGCUGGACAGACUCAGCCUGGGGGGCUAUGCCAAAUUAGGAGGGGACUUGGGGGCCCGAGUCUGAGGUGCAAGGGAUAACCUGCUAUAUGAGGCUACCAGCGUGGACCAUGGGACCAGGACACCAAAAGUCCAGUGUCCACUAGCUGCUUCUGUCACCUCUGAAGCUAGGAUGGAUGCUGUGGUGCCAGCAGCCACUCAGGCUCCUGACCUGCAUGCAUAGAGCAGUGCCAGCUGCAUCAGGCGAGCCUCGGGGGCAUGUGUCAAUGUGGACACCAGCAUGAUUCAGCCUCAGGAAUUUCUUCAGGCAUGUGGCCUUAGCCGGGACAGGUACCUGAGGGGCUGCAGGCUAGGCCAAGAGCAUCGGGAGAUGCACCGGUACCUUGGCAACAGUGGUAGGUUGGGAUGCCUCAGUCUGGAGCAGACUCCCUCCAAGGUGGCAGUGGGGAUGGAGGUGGGACCUGCUGGGGAAGGCGGGCAAUGGCGUGGGAUGGAGACCCUCUGCAGCUGUGUAGAGCGACAGCACCUCUGACUGCUACCACUUCGGGCCCAUUCUUCCUCGAGCCAUGUGGGCUGGCCCAGCCUGGCUAACUACUGCCAGUGCCCUGCCCCUGGGGUCACUGCUCCCAGAGACAGGUCCGGCUCACUUUUGUCUGGCCCGUGUGGCAAGUCUCCCUCAGUUGGCAAAGAGCGUCUGCCAGUUCUCGGCAGUUCCUUCCACAGCCCGGAGCUGCACUCUGGCCAGUGUGGACAGCUGACUGUACACAGCGAGGGGCUCCCCUUUUCGUCUCCCCUGCGCAGGGCAGGUUUACUUACUUUCCACGCUUUUGUUAGAAGAGAAAUUUUAAAGUGGAUCAAUCCUCACAGUCAGGUGUUUUUUUUUGUUUGUUUAUUGAAAAAUGCCAUACAAGAAGCAAGACCAAACACUUAGCUAAAACACUACAGUCACAUCUGUCACUAUGAAAGGCGCAGACAGCAGGCCUGAUGACUGCCCAUCUCACCUAAGCAUUUUCAGUUGGGCUCUGCCGCCAUAGUUCCUAUUUUGUCAAAUGUAAACAACUACUUGAUAUGAUUCAUAAUUUUUAAAAAAUUUACAAAGCUCCUUCAUUUUUGUCAUCAAAAUAAUAGAUCUGUGAGAGAUUUGUAAAAACAACCAGCCUGGGGUUUCUAUCUCCCAUGAGCAUUGGGGGUGCUGGCUAGGCCGGAACUCCAGCUCCAUUUCUUCAGGUGGGCCAGCUGCUCAGCGUCCCCCAGAAUACACUGCUGGCCUGGGGGAGAGUCCCCGGAGUUAGCCUCCUUGGGCCCUCAGCUUAGGAAUAUAGGGCUUGCUUUGUGGGUGGGUGGCAGAGAUCUCAUUGGUUUGAAGGAAAUCUACUUCUGAAGUAAAAAUAAAACUGCAGUUGGGUUUGUUA